AGACUGACCACCACCACAAACCGUCUCUACCUGUUUGCAGGCAGGGACGGGAUGACGAUCUUCGGCCAGAGACAAACCCCCAAGAAGCGGAGGAAGUCCCGAACCGCCUUCACCAACCACCAGAUCUACGAGCUGGAAAAGCGGUUCCUGUACCAGAAGUACCUCUCCCCCGCCGACCGAGACCAGAUCGCGCAGCAGCUGGGCCUCACCAACGCCCAGGUGAUCACUUGGUUCCAGAACCGCCGAGCCAAGCUCAAGCGAGACCUGGAGGAGAUGAAAGCGGACGUGGAGUCCGCCAAGAAACUCGGGCCCAGCGCGCAGGUGGAUAUUGUUAGCAUUUCGGAGCUGGAGCAGAAUUCGGAGGGGAGGGGAAAGUCGCGGUCCCUUUCUCCGGCGCUCCCCAAACAUGCACUGGACUCGAGCAGCCACCUCCAGCUGUCGCCUGACUCCCCCCUCACAGACCCACCCAGCAGCAGUAAGGACUGCUCGGAGGACGAAGAAGAUGUGGAAAUUGACGUUGAUGACUGAGCGGUGGCGGUGGUGGGGAUGGGUUUAUUGCCCACACACACGCACACACCUUUUUUUUCUCUCUCUCCUCUUUCCUCCCCCUUUCUCCUUCUUCUCCAAAAACAAACACCAAGCCCAGAAAUUGGCAGCCACCCCUCCUCUGUUUGCUGGACCUGUGAAAAACUCCGCACAGCUCGACCCGUCCUCGAGCACUAUAAACUCUGGUGAUAAGACACUCUGACGAUGCUUGCGACUAAACAAGGCAGUUUCUUUUCAGUAAAAGCAAUAAGCAAUAGGAACAAAAAAA